UUCAGUGGUCGUGCUUUUUCCCGUGCUUCUAAAAUGUAUAAAAUCAUUUGUUUAUUGAGUGCGCUUAUUAUUUUGUGCUUGCCUAUUUUUGGGUCAGAACUUGAAAUCGAAAAUGACAUCAAAGAAUUCGAUCUAAAUGCGAUAACAACAAUUGUAACUGAUGAUGAUGAUAACAUGGUUGAUUUUCUUAAGCAAAACGUGAACAUCACUGACGAGAAUCGUCCUUUAUUGGGUUUUAUCGGAAAAAAAGAAGAUACUAUGUUGAAUAUUUACGAAGUUCUGGAUUUAUAUACGAAAAGUGACCAAAUCCGGAAAAAAGUAAAUAUCUAUCAGGUUCAGAACUUAAUUCGACAAGGAUUCGGCUGUGCGGUAUCGAAAGUGACUAGUUUAUAUUUGUUCGUAAUGUUGCACGAUUUGAAGAAACUCAAAAUUGAUAUAAAGUCUCAGAAGGAAAUUGCCGAUGAAAUUAAAGAAUAUAACGAAGGACCAACACAAACAGAACACACGGAAUACGGCGGAGAGGUUGCACUUAGAAAAGAACUUUUUUUUGAAAAAGAUUAUGGUGAGGAUCUAAAACCGGCUUUGUUUAAAAGCAUUCACAAUACAACCGAAUACAAGAGACUUGGGGAACGGUUCGGCAUCAGAUCAAACAUCGAUCCAAAGGAUGACGGACCUAGUAUUCCGUUUUUUGUUUAUUUUGUGUAUUAUUCGGAAUAUUUGUGGGCAGGAAUACUACGAAAACAAGUUAUAUAUCAAAUCAACAAUGCUGUCCAAUUUGAAAUGUUCAAAGUUGUUUUUGGUCCUGGAAAUUCAGAUUCCCUAAUGACUGAUGACCAUAUAAACGACGUCGUGUGCGUCCUGGAGGAAAUGUUGAAAAAAGUCGAUGACGAAAUAUCAAGUCAGUGUGUCGAUCACAAUAGGAGUUUAGUUAAAAAAUAUGAAAUAUUCUUCAAAGUCUUCGGUGAUGGAUUUACGGAGUAUUUAUCUGGUUUAGAUAACGGAAGAGAGCAGGAUUUUUCCCGAUUUCACUUGAAUAAAACUAUAGAUGCGCUAAGACAAUUAGUUCAUUUAUAUGGUAAAGGCGAGUUGAAAGACGUGGAACCGCCAGCCAAUGAAUUAAAUAUUUCCAAUCGUCCACAACGUUAUACUUCGUCUACAAAAGAUGACGUAGUAGCGAGGUUAAGAAAAAUUUACAUCGAAAACGAUAAAGUAACGAAUGCAACUACAGGACAGAAAAGUGACAGUUUGGAAUCAAUCGAAGACAAAGAUGUAACUGUAGAUGUAACUAUAGAACAGGAAAUUGACAGGAUGGAGCCAACCGAAACGAAUUAGACAGUCAUUGAGAAUCGCACCUAAGUUUUGGAAAUGUAUGUAAGUGUUUGACAUACGUUUUCUUGUACACAUAACAACAGUCCAGCUAAAUCAGUUUUAAAAUUGUAAUACUAUUAUUGUUA